CUUUCCAAGAUGGCGUCGCACAUGCUUCGGAGGUUCAACAAGAACGUUUUUACAACAGUUCUUUUAAGAACGCAGGCUGUCCGUUUAGUCUCCACAACACCACGAGUUACUUUAGCUGUCAAUAAAUAUUCCCAGCAGCCGUCUAUCGUUAACCAUGGUUUGUUUGUUUCACGAUUAUCGCCUGUUAGCGCACGUUGCUUUGCUAGUGGAGGGAUGACUAUUAGUGAACUACAAGAUCGAGCUUUGAACGUGGUAAAGCUUUUUGAUAAGGUCAACGCCGAAUUGGUAACAAUUGAAAGUCAUUUUAUUAAAGAUCUUGGCUUGGACAGUCUAGAUGUUGUUGAAAUUGUGAUGGCUUUUGAAGAUGAAUUUGCUGUUGAAAUUUCUGAUGAAGAAGCAGAGAAGAUUAAUACCAUCAAAGAUGCUGUUGAAUUUCUUAAGAAGUCCUUGGAUGUACAUUAACAUAGUUUUUACCAGACCCUGUCUAGUUUGAUUUUUUCAUGAAGUACCUUUACUAAGUCAGAGGAGGUCAACUUAAAGGAUUGUUUACCUGAAAACUUGAGUUUUAAGCAUUCUCAAACUGUCUUUACUGAGAAUGGCUACGAAUUUUGCAGUCUAUACAAAUGUUGUGUUCCCAAAAAGAUUACAAUAAUAAAAGUCUCUUGGUUAAUGGUU